AUGUGUGCAGGAGGCACUUACGCUGCAGACUCCGGUGCUGCGCCCUGUACGAAGUGCUCGGUUGGUUAUGAAUGUGUGGACCCAAAAGUCGGCCCCGUUGCAUGCUCGGGCGGGUCGUAUUCUCUGGCGGGUAGUUUGGUGUGUUCUGCGUGUCCGAGUGGGCAUUUCUGUGCAUCUACAAGCCAAGAGCCUCAGCCCUGUGGUGUGGGGUACUACAGCGCUUCAGGCUCGUUGUCGUGUAAGGCGUGUCCUCGAGGUUACGCCUGCACUAGUGCUACGACUGCUGCCCCAGUUGCAUGUGCGCUGGGCACGUACAGCAGUGUUGAGGGGGCCUCGACGUGCGCGGUGUGUGCACCCGGAUGGUUCUCACUGGGAGGCGCUGUGCAGUGCACUAUUUGUCCCGCAGGUUAUGCGUGCCCUGACCCAACGACUUCCCCUCCGGUCGCUUGUCCUGACGGCUACUACAGCUCGACAGGUGCCACGGCGUGUACUGCCUGUCCUACCGGCUACGCGUGUCCAGAUUCCACGGCCAAACUGCUCGUUCCUUGCGCGAAGGGGACGUACUCAACUGGUGGAGCGAGUUCCUGCACUCCGUGCCCUGCCGGCUACUCUUGUGCGUUCACAAACAGCUCCAGCGCCGAGCCGUGCCAAGCAGGAUACUACUCGACGUCAGGCUCCGGGUCGUGCGUCGAGUGCCCGCGAGGUUACUACUGCGAUACGGCCAACGAGAUGCCCAAGAACUGCUCGGUCGGCUACUACAGCCUUCGCGCGUCGACAAGCUGUCUGGCCUGUGAUCCAGGCUACGAGUGCCCGCGGUCGGAUCAACUGCCGCAGCCUUGUCCAGUGGGCUACUAUAGUGCAGGUGCCGUGGCCAACUGUCGUUCGUGCUAUCCAGGAUACAAGUGCAGCCUCGCCUCGACGAACCCGACGCCGCCCGAAGACGCGUGCCCACUGGGAGGCUACUGCAACCCGGCUACGACCUUCUUCUUGUGUCCUGCAGGAACCUAUGGAACUAAAAUGGCUGGCGAGAGUAUCGAUCACGCGUGUGCUCCAUGCCCUGAAGGUUAUUACUGCGAAAUGGGAGCGACUCCGCUCACGCGGCAGCUUUGCCCCGCAGGCUUCUUCUGCCCCGAAGGCACCAAGCGCGCGUCUCAAAACCCUUGUCCAUCGGGGACAUUCAACCCGGACGCAGGACAGAAGAGCUCCGAUGCGUGCCAGGUUUGUCCGGCAGGCAGCUACUGCCCAACUGGCAGCUCGGAGCCGCAGACGUGUCCACUGGGCUACUUCUGCCUCGAAGGCACACGCGCUGCGAACCAGUACCCGUGUGCCGCAGGGACGUAUAGUGGCGACCAAACUGGCUUGGUUAUCGGCUCCCAGUGUCACGAGUGUCCUGUUGGCAAGUAUUGCCCCGAAGCGAGCAGCUCCCCGACGAAUUGCCCAGCGGGGACUUACAACCCGCAGACGGGAGCAGCGGAUCUGUACGAGUGCUUGGACUGCCCCCCAGGCUGGUCGUGUCCUCACGUGGGUCAAAGCAACUACGUCGAUCGCUGUGCAAAGGGCCAUUACUGUCCUGGAGGCACCGUGCUCGCUACAGACCAUCCGUGCCCCGCUGGCACGUAUACCGAGAACAUCGACCUGAUCCGAGCGCAGGACUGUACCAUUUGUCCGCUGCGCCACGCCUGUUUGCAGGGCACCGGAGGCGAAACGCAAACCAUGUUGGAUUGUGGCCCAGGCUUCUUCUGUCCGAACGGCACCGCGUACUCGAACCAGUUCCCGUGUUUACCGGGGACUUGGAGCUCGAGCACGUCGCUAGCAGCAGCUGAAGAGUGCAAUAUCUGUCCACCAGGCAGGUAUUGUCAAGGCGGCAAGUCCUUUAUCGACGGAAACUGCGCUCCGGGCCACUAUUGCCCGCUGGGGACAUACUCGAGCACGCAGUUCCCGUGUCCAAGUGGCACCUACACAUCCAGCACGUCAUUGUUCGAGCCCAGCCAGUGCGACGACUGCCCGCCAGGUUACUACUGCCCCGCGGGCUCCGUCGCUCCGAUACCUUGCAAGGCUGGGAGCUACACGCCCGUGAACAACACCAAGACAGUGGGGCCGGCGGAUGCUUGGCCAGCGUGCGUCACGUGCCCGGCCGGCUACUACUGCGUCGAAGCCUCGGUGAGUCCCAAACCUUGCGGCAAAGGCAAGUUCUCCACCAGCGGAGCCAAGGCGUGCUCGACAUGCGAGGCCGGCUACUUCUGCAACAGCGACACGACCAGCGCAGCGAAUAUGCGCUCGAACGCGGUGGGGUGGUCUGCGCCCGGGGCCCUCUACGGCACGUGCUACAACGGCACGUACUGUCCGCCAGGAUCGGAUAGUGAGCCAGCGCUGGAGACGGAUGCCUGUCCGGCGGGAUACUUCUGCCCCACAGCGACCCCCGCUCCGGUGAUUUGCCCAGCGGGCAGCUACAGUAACCGCACCGGCCAAGACAGCAUGAGCGACUGCACGCCGACACCCGCAGGUUACUUCAGCCUUGCAGGCGCGUUGCAGCCCACGGGGGUGUGCGCUCCAGGCUUCUACUGUCCGCUGCGAUCGACAUCUCAAACCCAAGUGCCGUGUCCAGAGCGAUAUUAUAUUAAUCGCAGCAUGGGGGCUAGCGAGGAGGACUGCGCGCUCUGCGUCUCUGGAUCGUACUGCCCCAUCGGGACGGCCUACCCGAUCACUUGCCCGGCGGGAUAUUACUGCCGUACGGGCAUUUCAAGCCCUGAGCCAUGCCCAAUUGGCACGUAUGCUAAUGCUUUGAGGCUUAGAGCGGUGGAAGACUGUCUGGCUUGUCCGCCAGGCAUGUAUUGUGAUUCCACGGCGCUUACGGUCCCUCGAGGACUUUGCGACCCUGGCUACUACUGCAUCUUGGGGGCCUACACUUCAGCGCCGAUGAAUUACGAGUCCUCCCUCUUUGGCGUGACCAACCGACACACCGGCGACCAGUGUCCUCAAGGAGCUUACUGUCCACUGGGGUCCUCGUCGCCGACGUUGUGCCCACAGGGGACGUACAACCCCUUCACCGGUUUGGAGUCUGUGGCACAAUGCGUUCCGUGUAAUCCAGGCCAGUAUUGUGAGACCCCGGGCUUGCUUCAACCUACAGGUAGCUGCCACCCCGGCUACUACUGCACUGGAGGAGCUGCGGUGCCCACGCAAAUGGAGACGCCCAGCGGGUCGUUCUCCCUGGAGGGGGCCACUGCGCCGACGCCCUGUCCGCCAGGCCAAUAUAAUCUCUACCCAGCCCAGCACCAGUGCGUCGUUUGCCCCGCCGGCUACUACUGCGGAUUGCCCGGUACGAUCUCGCCAACGAUCUGCCCCACGGGAAACUAUUGCCCCAAGGGGACCAGCUUACCUGUGAAAUGCGAACCGGGGACGUUCGCAGACGUGCAGGGCCUCGUGAAGAUUGAGCAGUGCGAGCCGUGCCCCAGCGCGCAGUACUGCGAUUCGUACGGGUUAUCAGCUCCACGCGGACCUUGUCUAGCUGGCUUUGUGUGCUUCGGAGCCUCGCCAGUUGCCAACCCGGUGGCCCAGAGCUAUGGUGACGUGUGCCCGGUCGCGAGUUAUUGUCCCGAAGGCACAGGAAGUGCCAUAACCUGUCCAGUUGGCUCGUUCCGACCGUCCAAGGGAGGAACCAGUCUGGCGUCGUGCUCGCUUUGCCCCGGAGGCAAGCACUGCAGUGCUACAGGGUUAACAGCGCCCUCAGGGUCGUGCAGCGCUGGCUACUAUUGCGUUUUGAAUGCGUCUUCGCCAUCGCCAACGGACGGCGUGACUGGAGGAAUCUGUCCUGCAGGAUUUUACUGCCCCGAGGCGAGCUCGGCCCCUAUCAAGUGUGCUGCUGGCACGUACGCAGCAGACAAGGGCCAAAGCAUCUGCAACGAGUGCCCGAUGGGGUAUUACUGCGACGGCGUGGCUACCAACACGUACGCGGACUGUCCUUCGGGCCACUAUUGCCCUGCCGGCACUGCGGAAGUCCCUGUGCCAUGCCCAAUCGGCACGUUUAGCAGCGCCAUCCGACUCACGAACGCCACCGAGUGUCUGGAAUGCACCCCAGGAUCAUUCUGUGACGGCGUGGCGCUAGUGCAGCCCACGGGUUUGUGCGCUGCUGGGAACUUCUGCCCUCCCCGAUCCGAGAGCGCGUAUGGCAAGACUGCAGAGAACGAAACCCACGUCUGUCCCGCUGGCGCGUAUUGCCCGCAAGGCACGUAUUUUCCUGUACCGUGUGCGGUUGGGACUUAUUCGAAUACGACCGGGCUUGUACAGUCCAGCGACUGCGUGUUUUGUGACGAAGGCAGGUACUGCUCCGACGCAGGACUCGUGGAGCCCUCGGGGCUGUGCGACGCUGGUUCCUUCUGCAAGCGCAACAACACGCACUCGAAUCCGUCGUCGGGGGUUGUCAAGAGCAUUGUGAGUACGGCUGACAGUGCUGAGCUGGCCGUCUACUUUGGAGGAGAUUCGUGUCCAACUGGUUCGUAUUGUCCACAGGGCUCUGUCAGCCCGAUAUUGUGCCCGGAAGGAUCAUACACCAACACCACGGGCUCCGCUACGUGCCUCGCGUGCCCACGGGGAUACUAUUGCCCACUAGGCUGCAACGAUUACCUUGUCAACGAGUGCCCGAUGGGCUACUAUUGCCCCGAAAGCACUCAAAGAGGUACCCAAUUCCCAUGCCCACCGGGGUCAUUUGGUACGGUUUACGGUUUACAGGACCUCUCGCAGUGCACUCCCGCGCCAGGAGGCACUUACAUCGACGAGUACGCGGCUGUGAAGCCCAAGGGCAAUUGCCGUAGUGGAUUCUACUGCUCUGGGGGAUCACCGACAGGAACCCCGGCUGAAGUUACUGCAACGGGCGGGCCGUGUCUCCCUGGUACCAAUUGCCCCGAAGGCUCAGCGGUGCCGAUCGUGUGUGACGCCGGAGCUUACUGCUCGUCGACAAACACUGACGCCGCUCUACCGUGCCAUGAAGGGUUCUACUGCGUUCAAGGUUCGUAUACGGCCACCCCGACGGGCCAGAACAACUCGCUCGGGAUCAUUGGAGACGUGUGCACCAGAGGCCACUACUGUCCGCAGGGCACUAGCAACCCCAUUCCGUGUCCGCCAGGCACCUAUUCGGAGACGAGUCAAAACGUGAACGCCAGCUACUGCCUCCCGUGCUCUCCUGGCUACCUCUGCAGCUCUUCUGGGAUCGUCACCCCAUUCGAGAAGUGCCCGGGUGGGUAUCUCUGCACUGGCGGAGAGAGUACGGCCACGCAGCUUUGUCCUAAGGGCUUCGAGUGUCCGGAGGGGUCUUUCGAGCCAACGCCGUGCCCCGGUGGGUCGUUCGCGGACGAGAAAGGCCUGGCUCAAUGCAAACUGUGCCCGGAACGAUACUACUGCGCGAUCGGGAGUAUCACGCCUCUGGAGUGCCCUCACGGCUACUACUGCCCCCUGCAAACCCCGUCUCCGACCAUGUAUCCGUGCCUUGCGGGGUCUUUCGGCGAUCAGAGGGCUCUCGCAAGCUCGAAGGAGUGUGCACGCUGUCCGCCGGGGAAGUUUUGCUCGGGAUUGCCUCCAACCAACACGACGUCGGGUGACUGUGCGCCUGGUCACUACUGCGUCGGGAAUGCGACGACAGCAGAGCCAACUGACGGAGUUACGGGGGGAUUGUGUGCUGGUGGCCACGUUUGUCUCGGCGGCGCGUGGUUGUCCGAUCCGAUUGACGGCACAACAGGAAGGAUAUGCGACCCCGGUUACUACUGCCCGCUUGGAUCGUUCAGCCAGAUCCGCUGUCCAAAGGGGACGUACAACAGCGCUGAGAAGCAGAGCUCCUGCGUCACUUGUCCCGCUGGAGGCUAUUGCGGCACGAACGCUACCGCUCCAGUACCUUGUCCUCUUCGCUACUAUUGCCCAGAGGGGAUUGAGAACCCCUUGUUGUGCCCAAAUGGUACCUACGGACACGCUGUGGGGCUGACGGCCGCCACGGAGUGUGCUCCGUGCACUGCAGGCAAGUUCUGCGUCGGGGGAACGAUCACCGCCUCGUGUUCGGCGGGGUACUACUGUAAAAUGAGCAAUUACAAUCCGAAUCCGUCGACGAAUACCAUGGAUGGCGUCUCGGACUCGGAUGAUGACCUAGUGUGGAGGACGGAGCUUGGAGGGCCCUGCCCGAUCGGCUACUACUGCCCGGAGGGAGUACUGGACCCCAUUGCGUGCCCCAAGAACUCGUCACGCCUCGAAAUACUCGGGAUCUCACUGAGCGACUGCGCCCCGUGUCCCGCAGGGAAGAGCUGCAACGACGGCACCAAGACCGUCCCCUGCCCCGCUGGAUCCUAUUGCCCGUACGGCGUUGGCGAAGUUCCCUGUCCAGCCGGGACUUUUAACGGUGUUGAAGGGCAAGCGAAGCUGGAGGACUGUCUGCCUUGCGACGCAGGGAAGCUCUGCAACCGGACGGGGAUCAUCGGCCUCGCAGACUACGACUGCCCACCAGGGUCCUACUGCCUCCGAGGCUCGAGCGAGCCUCACGCUUGUCCUUCUGGGACCUAUCGAGCUGUAGGCGCUGGAAGAAGCUCCGAUGACUGCGCCUUGUGCGUCAAUGGGUCCUACUGCGAGGCAGGAGCUACGCUACCCCAAGUGUGCAACGCAACUACGUAUUGUCCUGAGGGUGCAGGCUCGCCAUUGCUGUGUCCUGGUGGCAGCUACUGCCCGUAUAACACCACGACACCCGUCACAUGCCCUGAGGGAUACUUCUGCUCACCGGCCGUUGACUCGCCUUCCAUCUGCACCAUCGGCCACUACUGCCCUAGCGGAACGACAGCUCCAAUCCCCUGUCCAUUAGGGUAUCUUGGCCGCACGACUCCACUGGACGGAGCGUACACGUCGCUGUAUUCCUCCUGUGAAGCUUGUCCCCCCGCAACGUUCGGUAUUGAUGCUAACCGGACUCGCUGCGACGAAUGCCUCGAAGGUUUUGUGUGUCUAGGAGCUACAAACUCAAGCCACCCCGAGAGUCGAGAGCGUGACAGGGGCUACCCUUGUCCACCGGGGUACUACUGCCCAGCAGGGAGCUCGUCGGAGAUCGCGUGCCCUAGCGGAACGUACCAGCCCAACUACAAGGCCACGAACGCGUCCGCUUGCCUGUUUUGUCCAGAGAACUCGUACCAGAACGCGGUGGGGCAGCCCAGCUGCUUGCCGUGCUCAACGAGCGCGUACGCGGGGACUGGCGCCACUAAAUGCACGUGCGUCGGCAGCCACCGAGCCUUCCAGAUGACGGACGGGUACUGCAUCUGCGAGCCUGGCUACGAGUUCUACGACCAAGAUAUGAUCCUCCGCAGCGACGAAGACGGAGACGUGGACUGCCAGCCGAUUGUGUACGACCGAUGCAGCAGCAACCAAGUGCGUUCCGAUAGCGGCCUGUGCGUGUAUGCAAGCGGCACGGCCUGUGAUGCGAGCUGUAACAACGGAACUGGCACGUACGUGGCGAGUCUGGGCGUCUGUCAGUGCGACGAACAACCUGAUCUAGACACAAUCUGCAACAAGAAGUGUCGCGACGACGCCAUCCAGCUCCAGGUCAACAGCACUACGGGCGAGCUGCAGCUGUACGAUCCAGCCACGGGUGAAGUAUCGCCCCUACCGGAGGACGACGGCACUUCUAGUAGUGGUCUAGUGUCCAAGGUGUCGUGCACCACAGGGAGUGACUGCCAGCUUCACUCGAUCGCAGUGGCCUCGACCGGCUUUUCGGGGUCCUACGACCUCCCGUCAUCGAUCUCCGAUGCAGCUUCUCGACGAAGACGCCGACUGACCACUGCAUCGACCCCUUCCUCCAUCGCGAACCCGAUGGUGUGCUUGUCGGUGGGGAACGGUCUGCUCUUCGACUUGUCGGUGGCCGGCGCCUAUCCGAUUUACAUGAAGGACUCGAUGCUCAACACGAACCCCAGCUUCGACUAUGGCGCCUUCCGAGCGCUGGCCACCAAGGUGAACGCGAACGCCAGCACCGUGUCCGCCUUCGCGUUUUCAUUCACGGAGGCGGGCACUUACGUCUUCGGGAAUUCGCUAAACGCUGCGGCCCAAACGAUUGUGGUAGUCAUGAAGGCCGGCACGAGCUGCCCCACGGAAGCGGCCAUCGUCCCGCUCAACGAGAAGAACUUGAUCACCGUCAGCGCUAAGCGCCGAACGGACGACCUCAUUUUGGCGCCGGACUGGGCGCUCAUCGUGGGGCUGCUGGGCGGGCUCUUCGGUGUAGUGAUAGCAGUCAUUGCAGGGCUCUACUACUUCCGCGCCAAGAGCUGGACCAACACGGCGGUGAAGAGCGUCAGCGGGUACCGAGCCAAGAGCAAGCAAGUGAACCUCUCGGCCAUGCACUCGAAGGGGACGGUUGCUGUGAAUACUACCAGCGACGCUCCUGUAGGCGACGGAAGUCUGCUGGCGACUGAGCCAACGACGACGGGGGUGAAAGAGCUCCAACUGGGCGGCCAGGAGCCGACCAAGGGCAACGCGAUGGAAUACCAUGCGGAUUUAGGUCGCUGGGAUGAGGAGGACCUGGAUCUGCGAGAGCUCGUGGACAGACUGCAGUUCCAUCACGAGGCCGUGUCCAAGAGCUUCGAGGACCAAAAGGGGGACAUGAAGCAGUUGAUGCAGCACUUACAAGCCGAAGCGAGUGAGCUCAAGAGGCUGUUCGUGAACGCACUGGAGGAGGCGCCUGAAGAGCUCCCGUUGAGCACGAUCAGUGGACGUCCGAGGUCGAAGAGUGUGGCGGGUAGGGAGAAGUUUCUGCUGGAGAACCUGGAGCGCGAUCUGCAGGAGCGUCAGCAGUUUGAGCGGAAGAAGGACGCCAUGUUGGGCAGUGUGAGCGCGGGUCUGCGCGAGAUCGAAGGCUGGAGUACGCAGCUAGCGGAAUUGACUGGAGCGAUGGUGCAGGAAAUGUCCUCGCCUAGUGAUGAAGCUGUGCCGGAGCGCACUAGCACGAACGAAGAGACCUGUCUGGAGCAUACUCGCGUUGUUCUCGACGACUUGAAGAGGCUACUGGGCUCUGACCCAAUGACUCAAACAUCGUCGUCGCUUAUCCACCUCGCGGAAGCGGAGAAGGGUCGGCGUGAAGUGGGCAACUUCGUGCUGGAGGCAUCGCAGCGAUAUUUUACGCCUCCUCAACGUACGAGUACGACCGGGACAGCAACUCAAGACUCGGAUACGGCUGUCGAAGAGUUGUUGGAGCUGCGCAAUGAGGUGGAGAAAGCCCAGAGCAGGGAGGACGAGGCGCUCUUCGGUCCGAUGCCGACGCUGCAGAAGUUUGGAGCCGCGCUACCGCAAGUUCUCGCUACACUUGACGACUUGGAGGCCAGCUUCCGUCGCGAGCUGGACGCUGUGCGCGAGGAGCAAAACCCUGUCAAGGAGCGCAAUGUGCAGGCUCAGAUGCAGAGCCGUCUCAGUAAAUUGCUCAAGGAAGUCGCGGCGGGGGCGAAGAAGGUGAAUGAAAAGCUGGAGAAGGAGGCGCAACGAGCUCUGAAGCUGCAACACGGCGCUCAACAGGCAGAAGACGCACUGAGUAGAGCUGUGGGCAGCGCGAAAGAGCAAUGGAAGAUGGCCGACCAGGAACAGAAGGACCGUAUGACAGCAGUUAAUGCCCAAGUGUCUGAAGCUGCGAGAGUUGAGACCCCCCAACCUCCCACUCCAUCAGCAGAGGAAGAGGCUGCGACUAAGCUCCGAGACGACACGCUUUUCCAGAUCAAGGAGCUUCUCGUUGGACUUACGACUCUGCUUCGGACUAACGGCGUGCCCUCGACGGUCAAUCCUGAACAGUUUGCGAUGGGUACAUCCGACAACGCACCGACCAAGGCUGCAGAUCCUCGAGUACUAGCAGAAAGCAAGCGUAAAAUUGAGAGUGACACGCGACAAAGUGCCGCGGAGUAUGCGUUGGCACUUGAUGCGACUUACCCUCAGCUCUCGGCGGUGGAGAAGGAGCGUCUUCUGGACGAUUUUGCUUCGGAUCUGCGUAAGAUUCAGUCGGCUAUCAGUGUGGAGGCUACGCGCACGCAAGCUGAGCUGGCGACGAGGCAGGCAGCAAGGGAGGUACUGCGCGAGGCCCAGAAGGCGCAAGUGCAGCGUCGAGAGCAGGAAGAUGCCGACGUGUUGAAGGCUCAGCACGACGAGGAGGAACAAUCGUUGGAGUCGCAGUUCCGAGAGGAAGAGCUGGCCAUUGAGCAGGAGUACCUGCAGGAGUUGUCGAGUCUUGAGAUGGAGUUCGGAGCUGGCGGGGACGAGGCUGGGGGAGACUUCGCGGAGCCCCCAGGGGAUCUGAUGGAAGAUUUCGAUGCAGGCAUGGGAGGAGAUGAAAGCCUUCCACCAGGGCUGAUUGAAGUCGGAGAGUUCUCAGAUGAAGGUGAAGGCCUUGAACCUGGAAUCCCUGGGGACGACAACGCUGACAUCAUCGCGCAGCUCAACGACGUGUACUCACAGGCGUGGAGUGAUCGCGUGCGAGUUCUCGCAAUGGAGGACGCGCUUCGAAGAGAGCAGCUGAAGGAGCGGCUGCAGCGUAAGCGGAAGACGCCGAAUGAGGCUUUUCCGGGUGAAAAUGAGGGUGACGGCGAAGAAGCGCUAGAAGCAGUCGUGAAGCAGCAGGACGACAUGGACGCGCGCCAACAAGAAGCUGUGACUCGCGCGAUUAAUCGUCUUCGAGAGCGAGUAGAGGAGUGUCAAGUUAGCACUCCUCUUGAUCGGAGUUCAAGUCAACAAGGUUCUCUUCAGCCUGUGGAUGCUGUCUCAGAGUUCACGAUAGCGGCGAGGAAUGCAGCUCAAGCGGAUAAAGGGCAAGGGGAGAGCAUCUUUGCGAAGGCCGAGGCGGAGCUUCAAAAGCUUCAAAGCGAAUACGACCGCGAAUUUAUGGCGUUGAGGGGGGAGAUCGAAAACGAGCGACUGCGCCUCGAAGCCAAAAUGCGAGAAAAGUUGUCGGCUAAGCGCCGUCCCUCUCCAGAGGAGGAGGAGGAGGAGUUGGAGACCCAACUGGCCGAGUUCACUGAGAAAGCCAUCGAGGAGCUGCGGGAGAAACACUUCCAACACCAGCAAGAAAUCGAGGCGCAGAAAGCUCAAGCGACUAUCGCUGUCGCGGUGGCAGACGCUCAGUUAGCGUUCCUGGAUGACCUAGAACCCAGCAGCCAAGCUGCUGCUGAACCUCCAGCAGCGACCUCUGCAGCAGCUCAGACGCCACGCGCUCGACUCGACCUAACGGGGGAGCUGCUGGAGACCCUUGCCAGUCGAAUCCCUGCGCAGAUUGAACAGCGAACCCAGGAAGCGUUUGACGAGCUCCACGCGAACUACGUACGGGCGUGUACUGAGCGCAGGCGAGAGCUGGAGGCCGAUGCAGCGUUGCGCAAAACGCGUUUACAGGAGAAGAUCAAUCGCAGGUGGCUAGAGAUGAGCAAGGGCGAAGAGGCUAAAGAACCCGGGAAGGCCCAGUCGACGAGUUCUCUAUCUGAGCGCCUCGAUGACAAAGAGAUGGCGGCGUUGGCUGAGGUUGACGAAAGUCUCAAGGCUGCAAUGGCAGCACUUGAUGACAGCGAACGGCAAGCAGGAAAGACGCUGGCGAAGGCGUUGGCCUCGACGCUGCACAAGUGUGGCAAGGAAGUCGAAGGAAAGCUUCGCUUCACCAGACAAGACUACGAGCUCGCGCUGAGCAAACUCGCUCCAGGCGAUGAUGAAGGAGCGAAGGGACUCACUCAGACGGUGGUGAAUGCACUGGACGCACUGGAGAACGAGGCCGCCAAGCGGGAGAAAGCUGCCGCCGCGGUCCGAGCAGCGACGGAAAGUGAGAUCGAGCGCCUCAGGGACGAAAGCGCCAACGCUCUGUGGGCGCUUACCCAGGCGCUAGACGCGGAGAAGCGCCGACAGACGCAACGACUGCAACAGAGAAUGGCACAGCGACGCGAGCAGCAACAAAAGCAGCUUCCGCCUGGAUCUUCACCGAAGGAAGUGGCGGAGAUGAAUGCUGUCAUUGCCAAGCAGGAGUCGCUGGAGAGAGAAAGACUGGAAGAGCAGCUCGAGACCCAAGCUCAGCGUGCGUAUGAAGAAGAGCGAGCCAAGCAGCGUGAACACGAAGACCGACUGUCGCAGCAGCUCCGAGAUGCCUGUGUCGCGGAGGCGGCGGCUAUUGCCACAAAAGAAGCGGUUGUCCAAGCCAGAGGCGAAAUCUUGGCCAAGAUGGUCGUCCGAAAGCGGAGCGUGGUGUCUCGUUUGGCAGCUUUAGCCGUGCCUGCUGCACUUGAGAAACCCGGCACCAGCGCUACCAAAGAUAAUGUUGUGGCCGAGAUUAUGGCGGCUGAAGUGGAGCAGCAGAUCAAGGCGUUGAGUGCGAGCCAUCUCCGCGCGUGGCAGCAGCGACAGCAAGAGUUGCAGGACGAUGAAGCGCGACGCAAGGCCGAGUUGGAAGCCCGACUGCGCCGCAAGCGCGAGGCUAAGCGUCAACUUGUAAGCGACGACAAGACCCCAGGGCAAACUCCCAUCGACACCGACAAGGACGAAGAAAACCUUCUGCAGCAGCUCAAAACCGAAGCAAUCAAGCGGAAAUUCGCAAUGGAGGCGGAGGCCGACGCGGAUCUCGAGCAACUCGCGACCACCACUGCCGCUCUGCGUGAUGCACUACGAGUUCAGCGACAAGCUCAACAAGAGGCUCUGCGUGAGCGUCUUAAGCAGAAGCGCCGAGACAAAGUUCAGGAGCUGGAACAAGGCGGUAAAGGCUCUGACCCCGAUGCGCUUGAAACUCUGGACAGUGCUUUAAGUGAAGAAGAGGCGGCAGAACUGCGUGCAAUUGCUGAAAGGGAGACGCAGCAGCUUAGUGCACUCCACGAGAGACUUCGAGAUGAAGUAGGAGCUGCGUUCGCUGAGGCAGACCGCAAGGCUAAAGUGCGCUGCGACGAUGCAAACGCAAAGUUUGCUGCGAGUGAGGACAAGCUGAACAGAAUUUAUCGGGACCAUGAAGAGGGGAGACGCGCGCUCCGUGAAUCGCUAGGCAUCGAGCAGCGUCGGCAGCAGGACAAACUGCUUGAGCGCAUGGCAAAGCGUCGAGCCGAGCGCCUUGCGGAGCUGAAGCGAGGCCACCCGACCGAUUUGACGGAUGACAUGGUGCAGCAGGCAAUGACGGAGAUUGACCGCGAUCAUGAGCACGAGCGUCUGCGGCUGGACGCAACAACAAGUGAGCAAACGUCCCAGGCGCUGCAGGAGCUGGAUGACAAGAUGCGGGCGAAGGAGUCGACCCUGCAGGCUGAAACACGUCGACUGCGCGCAGAAGCGGAAGCCGCUCAGGCAGCUCGUGAGGCUUUGGCGGCAGCUCAUUGCGCAGAAGCCGACAGGAUCACCCGUGAAUUCUACGCGUGUUUGGGCGAUAUGGACGUGGAUGCGUUGAAGGCUCAAGACCAUGCGCCUCUAUCAGCAGUGGUGUUGUCACCUGAGGCACAGGCUGUGGUAGUAGAUGACUUGGAAGGCGAGUUACAAAGGCUGCGUGACGAGCACGACCGCGAGUGGGGCGCACUGAAGAAGCGACUGGAAGACGAGAGUCGUCUGCGCAAAGCGCAACUAGCGGAGCGACUGCAACGCAAACGCCAGGCGCUACAGGAUAAUAUGUCGCUGUCGUCGAGUGAGAGGGAGCGCGCAGAGGCUGCUUUGGAUCGUGAAGAGCAGCAGGAAAACUUAGCUAUCGAUGCGUCUGCCGCUUCAGCCGCGCAAGCGCUUGCGUUGGCGAUUCAACACACCAAGGAGCAAACUGCAGACGCUCUGGUCGGAGGUCUAGCGUCAAGUAGCGACGAUUUGGACGCACUCUUGGAGGCGACUAGGAAGAAGCACGAUGAAGCGCAGCGCAAACUGCGUGAGGCGCUGGAGACGGAGCGCCGCAAACAGGAACAGCUCCUUCAAGAGCGUCUUCGCCAGAGGCGAGCUGCUAGAAGGGAUGGAAUCAUGCCGAUGCCGGCGCAAGGAACGGAGGGGACAGAGGAGGAGGAGUUGAAGCGAGAGCUGGACGAGCAGCUUGCGGCCCAAGAAGUUCAAGCGUGGACUGCACUACGUGACCAAGAGCAGAGAGAGGUUGACGCGAUACUAGCUCCACUCGAAGCUGCAGUCGAGAAGCGACUUGGUGAUGCAGAGCUAGCCGAACGCAGGGCUCGGGAAGAGCUGGAGCGUCUUGCUGCUGAGCACGAUCGACACUUGGCGGAGCUGCGCGCAAACCUCGAGGACGAGAAGAAGCGCCAACAACUCGCACUGCAUGACAAGCUCCGUCGAAAGCGUGAGCAGCAGCAAGCAUGUGGCUCAACUGUGUCAGAUGACGAAGCGAAGGAGGAAGAGCGACUAGCGAUGGAGGCAUUGGAUUCAGCUUUCGAAGCGAACUGGGCCAACACGAAGGCUGAAGCUCAAGAAGCUCGUCGCGAGAAGGAAACGGGGCUGCUGGCGCAAAUGUGCGUGUUGUCAGCCAAUAGAGCUGCGGAGGAGGCUUCCCUGGGACUGCUUGACGCUGCUCGUCUUGAAGCCGAACGUGUGAGAGCUGAGUAUGAAGCAGCUCUAGCUACGAGACUACAGGGAGCUGCGGCCGAGCGCUCAAUCGAUGACGGCUCUGUUGAUCGAGAAAUCGCGAGUGUGCAGGCCGCGCACGCACGCGGUAUGAAGUCUCGACGAGAGCAGCUUGAAGCGGAGACAGCAGCUCGCAAAGCCGCAUUGGCGGCUCGAUUGGAGCAGAAACGACGGGCUGCAGCGAGCGCUUCAUCUGGUGGUGAGGAUUCUGAAGUGGCUGCCGCCCUACUACUGGAGGAGCAACAGGAGUUGCAGGCUAUUGAACGCGACCGCGCAGUGAAAGAGGCCGAGCUGGAGGCGGAAGCUGCGCGUGAGCAGGAGCUCCUUGCAACAUCUAUGCGGGUAGCCAGCGAACGCGGUGCAGCAGACAUCGAGCGGCAGCUUGCAGCGUGUAAGCUGGCUCAUGAGCAGGAAUCGGCCAGGUUGAAGGAAGCUCUUCGAGCCGAGCGUGCUCGGCAGGAGCUAGCGCUCAAGCAAAGGCUGGCUGCGAAGCGACAGCGGCAUAAGGCGGAUGAAGGUGGUGGCAACAAUGAAGAUGGCGACGCGGAGGAUGCUGCGGUGGAGCUAGAGGUUCAAACGGCCCAAGCCGAGAUGGAUGACCAAGAGCGCGCUGCACGACAACAGCUCGUUGAUCGACAGCAGCAGGAGCUGGCCGGCAUCGCCCGAAAGCUGGAGCAAGAGGCUGAAGCCCAGAGACUAGCUGCUUUCGACUUACAAGCUGCAGCAGAGCGCGAACUUAAGCGACUUGAGGAAGAACACGCGCGAGAGCGGCGCUCUCUGCAAGAGGCGUUGCUAGCGGAUCAGCAGAAGCGCGAGGCGCAGCUUCGGGAGAAGCUGGCGAAGAAGAAGGCAGCGCGUGAGGCAAAGGGAGCUGAAAGCCAGCAAGACAGCGAGGCUGUUACUGACGACGAAGCGGCAAUGGCUGGGUUGCAGGCAGAGAUUAUGCAGGAGCAGGCAGCGGCGCUGGCACAAGAACGCAAACGGCAAGAAGCAGCAUUGCGCCAGGCUGCCGCUGAGCUCCAAGAUGCAGCUACAGCCGCGGCUCAAGCUGCCGCAGCCGCUCGUCAAGCGCAGGAUGAAGCAGCGCGAGUUGCAGCCGAGUUUGACAGACACCGAGGAGAAACGCAGCAGCUUGAUGCAGCGGAGGCGGCUAAGUCGAGGCAAAAGCUUGCGGACCGCUUAGCCGAGAAGAAGCGUAAGCAGCAGCUCAAGAACCAGCAGCGACAAGCCGAAAAGGAUCAGCAGGAGAGCGCUACACUCGAGCCGAGUGCGCAGAGUUUGGAGGACGACGCUGAGCGUCUCCGUCUCGAGGCGCAGAUUGAAGCCCAGCUAGCAGCAUGUCGGGAAAUCCAUGACGCCGAGUCCGCCAAGCUGCGCGAGUCCCUGCAGGCGGAGCGCGAGCGACAAGAGCGUGCUCUGCAGGAAAGGAUCGCUCGCCGGAAGGAGAAGCGUGCCUUAGCCGACGCCCAAGCCGCCGCAAAAGGUGACGUGAAAACCGCAGAAGAAGCCGAGCGCAAGCAGCAAGAAGAGGAGGAGGCCGCACUAGCCGCAGCGCUAGCAGCACAGGAACAAGAAGCCUGGGAAGCGAUUCAACGCAAACAGGAAGAAGAUCUUCGGGCGCUGCAGGAGCGCAAGCAGCAGCAAGAGCGUGAGCGCGCAGAGCGACAGCAGCAACUGGCUCAACAGGAAAUGAACCGCCUACAGGAAGAGCAUGAGCGUGAACUGCGAGCGCUGACAGCUUCACUGGCCCAGGAGCAGGCGAGACAGGAGGAAAAACUGCAGCAGCGAAUUGCCCAACGACGUGCUCGAAAGCAGCGACUGGAGGAGGAAGCCGCUACUAGCGGUGCUAAAGCUCAGCAGACCAAUGCUGAUGCCGAAGAAGACGCUCGAAUCGCUGCUGAACGUGAAAAGGCUGAAGCUUUGGCCAAGUCCCAAGCAGAAGCAGAGGCUGAGGCAGAGGAGAAGGAGCGACAAGAGAUUGCUGUUCGACUGGCGCAGAAGCUGGAGGAAGAGCGCGCUCGACAGCGGCGCGAGAAGGACGAGCUGGAAGCUCGUCUCGCCCGAGAAGCCGAGGAGCAAGCUGCCAAGCGAGCAGAGGCGUUGGCGCUACAAUUGCAGCAACAGGCAAUCGAGACGGCCGACAAAAUGGCGCGUGAGUUCGACACGAACUUACGCGAGCUUCGCGAGACCCACAGCGCUGAUGGCGCUGCUCAGAAGGCUCGGCUGGAGUCUCGAAUCGCUGCCAAGAAGGCCCGAAAGCUGCGUGAGCUCGAGGAGAAACGAGAGUUAGAGCGUCAACGUUUGCACGCGCGGCAGCAGCAGGAAGCAGAAGACACGGCCAAGGCCGAGAAGGAGCUCGAGGCCGCACUAGCGCAGGCCGCCAAGGAAGCGGCGACUCCCGUUGUCGAAGAAACCGCGGUUGAGCAAGCUGAAGCUCGUGCUGUGUUGUCUCCUGCCGAGGAGAAGGCUGGCGCUAUGAUUCGAGCUGCUCGACAGCAGCAGCAAGAUGUGGUCGCCGUUCAGCAGCUCUUCACGUAUGGACUUGUACCGUUGAAGCUGCCACUGCUCGGGGCGGUUGAGCUGGUUGUUGGUGCUCGCCACGAGCGAGAACUGGCGGCGCAACUCGCUGAAAUUGCAGCGAGAAGUAUGGAGGACGUUCGGCGGGCUCUUCAAGCCGUGACGCAGGAGAAGGCCGCUCGGAAGGCACAGGCUCUAAUGAAGGGUUCAAGUCGACAAGGCGGCGAAGACCAAACGGAAUCGGAGACGGAGCGCGUGCUCGCAGCGAUCGACGCCGAGUUUGCCGAGAGACUACGUGAGGCAGAGUGGCAAGCUGCACAGGAGAGCGAGGAGGCCAAGCACCAAGCUGAAAAACUCCUCAAGGAGCGUCAGAUGCGCGAGAUCGCGUAUCUCCUGGCACAUUUCGACGCACAGCACACAGCGGCACUUGCCAAUAUGCCAGCGGCCGCUGCCCAGACUCAACCCAUUCAGCAGCAGCCACAGCAGCCUAUGAUGAGUGCAGCGCAGCGUGAAGCUGAAGACCUCGUGGCGGAGCUCCGUGCUCGAUUGGAGCUCGAAGCGAAUGAACGACGACGCGAACUCGAGGAAGACAAGCGGUCGGAGCUGGAGCGUCUAGCACAAGAGAAACAGGACCAGCUCGCACAAGUUGACGCUCGCCUCGCAGCGCUCUUAGCCGAGGAACGACUCGCUAUGACCCAAAUGCUGGCGACAAGGCUGCAGGCGUUGCCUUCUGGGAAGACCAAGCAGCGCGAGGCGGCGCAGCGAGAGCACACUGCCCAACUCCAGCGUCUUACGCUCAUGCUUGAAGGACGUGGGCAACAGCAGAAAUCGCGCGUUCGAGCUCGGAUGGCGCAACAAAAGGCUCUGGUAGAAGACGAAUUCCGUCGCAAGGCCCAGAUCAUUAUCGCCGUGAUGAACCAGCGCCUCGUGCAGGAGAAGGCGGGGCUCCGACAGAAGCAAGAGCUUCUUGCAACAACUUCCUCUUCGGCACCGCCAGCCCCAACCGAUCCGCAAACCCAGCAACAAGCUGCCGAAGCACCACAGUCGGCCCUAACAGCAGAAGUAGCCAAACGUCUGGAGGACCUUUUGGAAGAGCGUCUGACGAAAAUUGAGGCGCUGAUAGCUGCCUUCAAGCGCAGCGAGCAGGAAGAAACCCCGCAGAAGGUUAAUGAACCGGAGCAGACUACCUUACAGCAGGAGGACGACACUGGUUUGGCUGCAUAUCGACGUGCAGUCGCACAGGCUGUAGCAGCAGGAUGUCGCUACGAAAAGGGGUCCGUGGGGGAUGGUGAGGCUUCGUCGUUGUUAGGAGUGCUGGACGCAAAAGAGCUGGACUUGACGAAGCUCGCUCACGUUUCGGUGAACGAGCUGGAUGAGCGGAUGCGAGCGCGACGAGAGUUUGCAGAGCUUCUGCUUCGAACGGUGUCGACUAAGGAAGGGCCUGGAACUGCACUGACGGUUGUUGAGAGCUUCGCGCAUGGCAACAAUGGAGGUGGAGGUGGAGGAUAUGUGAGUUGUCAUGACCAAGGCGGGAAAGCCGCCCUGUACUUGUCCUUGUCAGCGUUGCACGAGCUCUCCACCGGACAGCUCGCAGUCGUGAUGUUGCACGCCUUGGCACAGGCUCGAGCGCAAACUAGCGACCUGACGCACCCGCACUUCAUCUCGCAGCUGUACGCGCUAUUGGUGCGUUGCUACCAAGGCCUGUUUGCCCAUGUCCGACAGCAGCAGAAGGAUCAAGAGGAGAAGUCAAAGGUGGCAGUGGGUAGUGGCGCUGAGUCGAGCAAAAGUGUUGGCUUUGGGCACAGAACGGUCAGCGGUCAAUGGCAGAGCCGGCUACUCGAAGUGGAGGGCUUCUUAACGCGUAUGGAUAGCCAACUGGCCACCUCGGCAUCAAGUCACAGCAUUCAACGUUCGCAGAGCAGUCGGUUGAGCUUGUUGCCGCCCAAACAACGCGAGUCAGACUUGACGGGGGCGUCCAGCGAGACCCCUUCUGGCCUCUGGCACCAAGAGCAGGUUCAAUUGUUGCAGGAGAAGCUCGACACCGCCGAGAAGCUUUAUCUGCAGGUGCUGCGCCAGCGCGAGCAGCAGACGCAGACGGUUGAGUACUGGCAGGAUCUUCUGGCCGAGCAACGCGACGCUGAGUACGAAGAGGACGCGUUCGACGAGGAGGACGAAGACGAAGCAGGAGGCAACAAAAGCAAAAGAGACGAUGCUGACGCCGCCGAGAGACAGCGACAGCGGGAUGCUCGAGCACAGGAAGCUCAAAAUGAGCUCGAUCGAGCCACCCAGGCUCUUGAGGUCACUCGAAAGGAGCGAGACGAGCUUUUUGCGCAAUGCCAACAACUACGCGAUCAGCUGAACGUGCUAAGAGGCACCCGUACUGAGUAG